AUGCUCGAUGACGCAUCUCGAAUCGCUCAAACAACGGACCAGCUCAUCGAACAGACCCUUGCAGGACUUCGACAUCGUCGAGAGAUCGAGGGCUGUCUGCAAAGGACACUGCCGUUUGCUGAAGAGGAUGGCAGCGUGGGUACUGGGGGACGUUUUCAGCGGCAGCAAAUGGGCAGACGCGAGGGCACUCCGCAAACUUUGGGACUAGUUUUUCUACGAAGGGACAACUCGGGCACGUGGAGCAGGAAGUGA